AUGGAGCACCCUGAGGAACAGCCUCCGGACCUGUUAGAAAAUGAUUCCACACCAACAGUUUCAACAUUAGAAGUAACCGGCUCACAAGAUCCCCAAAUUUCUGUCGACAACGGGGCUGAAACCGUCGGCAUCCAGGGCGCCGAAAAUGCCAGCUGCCAAGUCACCCAAACUGCUGUUGACCAUGUCACCCAAGCGGACGCCGACGGCAGCACCCAGGCUGGUGCCACAGCUCCUCCGGAAAACUUACCAGAAGGGAAAGAGAUGAGUAAAAGCCAGGAUGAACCUCCUCACGAACUUGAGAACCAGUUUAUAUUGCGUCUGCCUCCGGAACAUGCAUCUACUGUCAGGAAGAUACUACAUUCUAGAAGUGUUGCCAUGAAGGAUAAACUCAAAAUUGACUUAUCUUCUGAUGGACGUCAUGCAGUUGUUGAGGUAGAAGAUGUCUCACUAGCUGCAAAGGUGGUUGAUUUGCCAUGCGUUAUUGGAAGCCUGAAAACUCUUGAUAAAAAAACUUUUUAUAAAACAGCAGAUAUUUCUCAGAUGCUUGUGUGCACUGCUGAUGGUGAUCUCCACUCUCCUCUGCAAGAACCAGUUACCUCUACUGAUCUUAAAGUAAUCAGGAAAAAUGAAGGUGAUCUCCACUCUCCUCUGCAAGAACCAGUUACCUCUACUGAUCUUAAAGUAAUCAGGAAAAAUGAAAGAGAGAGACAGAAAAAAUAUGUCUGGAAGCAUGGCAUUACUCCACCACUUAAGAAUGUCAGAAAGAAAAGGUUCCGCAAAACAACAAAAAAGCUCCCUGAUUUCAAAUCAACUGAAGAAAUCAGCUUUCCGGAGGAAGAGGGCAUUCCUGCAAAAGACAGGGUGGUAAAUGACCUUACUGGUAUUCCCCCUUCCCCCACUUUGGUUGAGUACAUCGAGUCUCCCGAUGUGGAAAAGGAAGUGAAAAGACUCCUGUGUUCAGAUGGUGAAGCUGUCAGUGCUCGAUGGGAAGUAAUUGGUGAAGAUGAAACCAAGGAAAUAGAGAGUCAAGGCUCUAUCCCAGGCUUUGCAAUAUCCUCAGGAAUGAGUGACUAUAAGCAGGCUCGUAUCUCAUCAGACUUUGGUAUGCUUCAGGAGAUGUUCAGUGAUUCUAGCAGUAACAGUGAUGAGGAGGAGGAGGACGAGGAGGACGAGGAGGACGAGGAGGACGAGGAGGAUGACUAUGAUGAUGAGUACGAAGUUGAGGAAGAGGAGGACGAUUAUUAUGAAGAGGAUCUGGAAAGGGCGCUACAGGCCAAGUUCUUUGCAUCUGGCCAGUAUGAGGCAAAGGAAGGAGCCAGUUCAAUAGUCAUGGAUAUUCAGAAGCAGAUUCAUUACAUGGAGAAAAAGCUCCAAGAGAUUCGAUGCAAAGCACAAAGACAGAGGCAUCUCUUAAUGAAAGUGGAAAACCUGAUGCUCAAGAGUCAUUUACAGUCUGUCCUGGAGCAGCUUAAGUUACAGGAAAUACAAAAAAAUGAGCAGCUCAUUUCCCUACGGGAACAAUUGAAAUAUUUUUUGAAGUGAGAGAGCCUUCAGCCUGGCCCAUGAGCCUGGGAUUCACUGUCUAGACCGCUGAAGACUGGAUGAAUUGUACGUGUUUCUGCCCCUUUUGUUGCCUUAUGUUGAGUCAUUUGUAUUUGUUUAUCUGAAUCUCUGUUUGCUAGUCAAAUUUGGAGUUUAGCAGGUUGCGUAGAAAGGGACAGAAUAUAAAAAAGUAGUAGACCUAAAAACCCAACUCAGUAUGAAACUUUGCUUCUCUUUAUCAAUUUGAGAAUUGCUUAUAUUGCUUCUGUUCUGUUGGUGCCAUCAAAUGAUUCAGCCAUGCUUGCCAAAGCAGAUAAUCCAGCUUGAAGGCCACACAGUGGUUUGCACAUGUUUCCAGUGCCCUUCUCCUGUUAAUUUUAAAUAUUUCCUAAGACAUAGAAUGAAUCAUUUCUACCAAAGGCUAGGACCUGCCACAGUGAAUUGAGUGCCUACCUCGCAGCAGUUAACGCUGGGUUUCGUCCUGUCUCUGUUAAGGUAAUAGGAGCUGCUUUCCUGCUCAGGGAUGAUUUCUUGCUGCUGCUAUCUUUGUUCUGUUGCAUUUUUAGGAUUGUGUCUGGUUAUUAUUUGCCAGCUAAGAGAAUAGUUAGAGCAGAGAUGAAAUUCUGAGCUGUUAUCCUUAUUCUGAGCCUCUUCAUCCUAACCCCUGCCAGUAAAGGUUAGGAAAAAUCAAAUGCCUGUGAAGCCUCCCUUAAAAACCCUGGGUGGGUUUGUUUGUCUUCUGCUAUAUUGUUAAAGUUUUCUGGUUUGUGUUCUUUAAGCAAUAAAUGAA